GUUUUGGGGGGCACCAACGUAUCCCGAGGGUUAAAUGAUCGGGGCUUCUAUAGGAGACGCUCAUUUACGGAGUGGCAGGAGUGGGACGGGAAGUCUAAGUGUGUAAUGUCCAAUUUUGUUCAUGUUGUGAUUGGUUUGUCAAAGAAAAAUUUAACUUUUAGAGAUUUAUUAGGAAUGGGAAAGGAGGGGUGAGGUAUAGGGGGAAAUUUAGGCAAUGUUAAAAAAAAAAAAAAAAACUUCCUCGGCUUCUCUUAGACACUUCCAGCUCUUGCUGGAACCAACAUACUGCUUUCCCAGCUCUCACUCCCAAGUCUUGCCAGAACUCCCCAUCCCAUCUACUGGCCAGACUCGCGACCUGGAAGGCCCUGGUUUCCCUGCCUCCUGUCUCUCCCCUGUCCUAGUCCAUCCUCCACACAGGCCCCCCACAUCCCUCCUCUCUGGAGAGAUCAGGGGCUUCAGUUUUUCUGUCCCACUCCCCUUAAUAUACACUCGGCUCCAUUCGCAAGGGGCUCUUCCCUCCUUUGUCCUUGUGUGGCCCUGGCUGAAGUAAACAAUCAAGAUGACUUGCAUAGAGCUCUACGGGUGCAAAAGUACUUUGCAAUAGCUCGUACUAGCAGGUGCUAUUAUUAUGCCUAUUUUAAAGAUGAGAAAACUGAGGUGGCACAGGAUAGUAAGUUUCUGAGAUGUAUUUGAACUCUUGACGGCGCCAUCUAGCGGCCUCGAGAGGUAGCACCGUUAAGUUAGCAUCCUUAAAGGUUCGGCGGAUUCAACGCUUCCGUCGGUGGAAGCAGUCUCCCUCUCUUUCCUCUCGGUGCCCCUUCUGGGGACACUGCCUUGGGGCGGGCAUUGUGAGGUGCGGAACCAAGGGCCGGAAGCGCAGGCCGAGGCAGGGACCGUUUGGGGGCCGCACUCGGGAGCGCCGGAAGUGGAUUCUGAGGACCCGGAUCGCCACCGAAAGGACUCGGGAUGGAGACGGAAGCGGUUCAGGAUUCCCGAGCAGCAGCAGCAGCUUCUGCAGCCCCCGAGCUCGGCCUUGGAGGGGGCGCCCUGCACUGGGGGGAGCCGAGCGGGGCGCAGCCCCCUCAGGCCCCCCAGAAGCAGGGCCCUGCCCAGACCGAGGAGGAGGACGAGGAGGAGGUCCAGGAGGACCCUGGCGUCCGGGCCAUGCUGCGCGCCGUGGCCGGCAGCCGCAUCCCAGUGUGCAGCCAGCAGAAGGACGAGCCCGACUUCACCGAGAGGGAGAAGGUGGCCAUCCUGCGCCGCCUCUACCGCGACAAGCCCCUGGUCUUCCUGGAGCGCUUCCGCAGCAGCCUCCGCGAAGAGCACCUGGCCUGCUUCCAGCAUCUGCGCGGGGACUACCGGGCCGACUUCUACUGCGCGGAGGUGCUGCGGGGGGCGGCCGCCCGGGGCAGGGCCUCCCGCACCCGCCUGCGCAACCGGCGCUAUGCAGCCCUGCAGGAGCUCAUCCGCGGUGGGGAGUACUUCAGCGAUGAGCAGAUGCGGGCCCGGGACCCCCUGCUGUAUGAGCAGUACAUUGGACAGUACCUGAGCGAAGAGGAGCUGGCUGCCCGCUCCCCAAAGACCUUGGCCCCGGAUGGCUGCCCUCUGGCAGACCUGCUCCUCCAGUCCUACCAGGAGGGGGUGCUCCAGCGAAGGCUGCUGCAGCAGCAGGAGGAGGAGGAUGCCUGCCUGGAGGAGGACGAAGAUGAAGAGGAGGAGGAUGAAGAAGAGGAAGAAAAUUGCGGGCCUGGGCAGGAGGAAGAAGUCUGGGUCCCCGAUUCAGAGGAGAAGGUCAUCCUCAGGGAGGAAUUCACCAGCAGGAUGCACCAGCGCUUCCUGGACGGCAAAGACGGAGACUUUGAUUACAGUAAGGUGGACGACAACCCGGAAUUUGACAACUUGGACAUUGUGACUCGGGAUGAGGAAGAGCGCUAUUUUGAUGAAGAGGAGCCGGGGGAGGCGGAGCCAGAUGAGGAGGACUAGCUAGAACCCGGACCCAAACUUGUACCCCGGGCAGUGGCCACCGGACCCCAGCAGGGGGCGCCCUCUGCCAGGCGCAGACCUCCCCCACCUGGAACAUGACUGAUGAGGAAGCGCAGCCUCUGGUGCUUGUGUGGGGGGCCCGGGCAGCACCCCCUCCCCGGGAUCCCUCCGCCUCUGCCUCUCGGGGCCUCUCGUCGCGCGACCUCCGAUCUCUGUUAAUUCCCCGUCCCCAGCCUGCCUCUCCCCCGAGUCCCCUCCCCCUUCCAGGCCCCCAGUGGCUCGGGAUUCGGCCGCCCCCGAGCCCCAUCUUGGUCAAGGUCGCUCAGAACAGGACUGGCCUCCGAGGAACGGCGCUCGCUAGGAGAGGCCGGCCCCCGGCUCCCCUCGCGUCCCCAACCACAGCCGCAACUUUCCCUUCCUUCACUUCCUCCUGCCCUGUUUACACUCCCCAAAUACUUGCAGCCUGUUA